ACUGUGAAAUGCCCCAAUGUUGUUUACAAAAAUUUGAAGCUUUUCCUUUUUUUAAAUAUUUAAACACCAAUUUUAGUACUUUAAUUGAUCUCAACGUUUAAAGAACCUUUUCAAAUAUAGUACAUGCAUGACCGACCAACCUCACUAAUAACUUAUUAGCAACAAAAAAACAAAAAUGCAUUUAAAUUUUAAACUAAAAUGGAAGAUUCUCUUUAUCAUUGUCUACAUACAAUUGGUCGCAAAAUUAAAUUUUUGUGACGCAAUUGUUUGUUAUAAAUGUGAUUCGAUAUCGUUGGAAGCAUGUGCAACAACAUUAAAUGAAACCGAUUUACCAUAUGAAAAUUGUAAAUCACUACAGUGUACAAUGUCGAUUGUUGAUUCCGUUACCUAUCGUGGUUGCUCCGACUCGACACCCACGGCUGGAGCGGCCUAUAAGAAAUAUUGCAGUGAAAAUUUAUGCAACAAGGGAGUAUAUCCACCGGGUCGUUUAAAAUGUUAUCAGUGCAGUGGCCAACAAUGUGAUAGAGUCGUUGGAAAGCCCCAUCCUUGUCCAAAUCAUCAAGAAUAUGAUGAGUGUUACAUUGAUGCCAUCGAAAUUGAUCAAAUCUAUCGUGGAUGUCGUUCCAAUACAAAUCAUACUUUUUCGACUAGAGCAAUUUUUUGUGACUACAAUGGUUGUAAUAAUGCUCCCGCCACUAGUAGAUUAAAAUGUGCCCAAUGUGACUCAAAAUUAGGUCGUGGUUGUAAAAGGGAUCUGGUGCACAAGCAUAACAUCACACAAUACGACACCUGCGAAAUGGAUGUCAAAAUCAAUAUGAAUAGUUCGUGUUUUAUCUAUCACAAUAUGGAUCGAGUUUUGCGUGGUUGUUCGGAUAUUAUGCCCGAAGAAGUAAAAGACAACAUGAACCGCACUUUAAUGUGUAGUGGACCCGAUUUUUGUAAUACUGGCAAUUUAGAAACACAACAAUGUUUGCAGUGCAACUCGGAGAGAGGAGACGAAAAUUGUCGCUUUGAUACCACCAAAGUAGCCACUUCAUUUUGUAGUUCUCCUGAGGCAUCUUCCUGCUAUGCUGUCGAGUAUAAAAAUUGGCAUGUCGAGAGGGGAUGUUCAGUUGUCCCCCUAAAUAAACCCGACAAAAAUCGUGAAUAUGAGUGUGAUAUACCAAAAGAUUGUAACAGAAUGCCAUUUACACGCUGUUAUAAAUGCACCUCGGAAAUCGAUUCUAAUUGUGCAGCCUGGCAAAGACCAGGUUUUUUAGAGAUCGAAGAAUGUGAAAUUCCAGCUGCCAGAUGUUUAGUGGCCACUUUUGCCGAUGGUGUAACGAAGAGAGGUUGUGAAAGCCAACAGCUUAAUUGUAAUCAUACUUCUACGGCCCAUUGCUCACUUUGUGAGGGCAGCUUUUGUAAUCGCGGUCCCUUUCCACCUGAACGUUUACAUUGCUAUCAGUGUGGGUCGAUGGAAAAUGAUUGUGAUGCAAUAACUAAACGUGAUCCUUUACCAUGUUCUCUUAAUGAGUUGGAACCCUCUAAUAUAGGUGUACAGGCAUGUUUUGAAUAUUUCAGCAAGCGUAUGGGUCAUAUUGUAAGAGGUUGUUCUUCCAAUGGUUUGGAAUAUUACAAGUGUAUGUUACAGCAGCAACCAGGUUGUCAGUUGUGCAACACGAAUGGUUGUAACAAAGUUUUGAAUGAAAUAGAAUAA